AUGGCAUCGCUAGGCACCUCAGUCCUCAAACCACCUCUCACCUCCUCCACCCCCGCCUCCAGCCGUCCCGGCACCAGCAGCGCAAACCCCUCCGCCCCAGAACUCACCACCACCAUCGCGAUCCUCCCCUCCAAGCCCGACUUUCCCCCGUUUGAUCCCAAACCACCCAUGCAAAAUGACUUCAACCCCAAUCUUGAACCCCCACCCCCGUAUUCCAUCUUUUCUCCCCGUCAAAAACUCGUGGUUACCCUCCUCGUCUCUUUCGCUGCCAUGUUCUCCACGCUCUCCUCGUUCAUUUACUACCCCGCUCUUGUCCCUUUGUCGGAAUCGUUUGGGGUUUCGCUGGGGUUGAUCCAACUGACAAUUACCUCCUAUCUCAUCAUCGCCGGCAUAGCGCCGGCAUUCAUGGGCGACAUGGCUGAUCAGAGUGGACGAAGGCCGGUGUAUAUGCUCAUGUUCAGUCUCAUGAUAUCAGCCAACGUUGGGAUCUCGGUUGUGGAAAGGUGGGAGGGGUUGUUGGUUUUGAGGAUGGUGCAGAGUGCGGGAGGGAGUGGGCUUUACGGGGGCGGGUACGGGGUUAUUGCUGAUGUUGCGGUCGCCGAGGAGAGGGGGGGGUUUUACGGGGGCGGGUACGGGGUUAUUGCUGAUGUUGCGGUCGCCGAGGAGAGGGGGGGGUUGGUGGGGGUUUUGCUGUUGAUGACCGAUGUUGCUACCAGUCUCGGGCCGGUGGUUGGGGGUGGGUUGACCCAGGGGUUGGGGUGGAGGUGGAUUUUCUGGUUUUUGGUUAUCCUAACUGGAUCGUGGUUCCUUGUGAUUUUGAUAUUCUUGCCGGAGACGCAGAGGGGGGUGGUGGGUGAUGGAUCGAGGAGGGUGGAAGGGUGGGUUUAUCAGAGCUUUUGGAGUGUGUUUUACUUCAAGGAGAGGAAGGGGAAGAAAGGCCCGGAAGCGGUGGUUGUUGGGGAGAAGAUGGAGAGGGAGGGGGGAGAGGAGAGGAAGUUUAAGUUUCCGAAUCCGCUGGCUUGUUUGCCGGUGCUGGCGGAUAGGGGGUCGUUGGUGGUGAUUUUGAUUACGGCGAUCAACUAUGCUGUCAAGGCGGCGCUGCAGACGAGUUUGGAUGCUCAGGCCACGGAAAUUUAUGGUUUGAGUUAUCUGCAGGCUGGACUGGUGUAUUUACCUAGUGGGGUUGGUGGAGGGUUUGGGAGCUUUUUUGCUGGUGAGUUGCUUCUUUACUUGGUCAAGGGAGCGGCGCGGGCUAACGUGAUAACAGGAAGAUUUGUUGACUGGAAUUACAAGAGGACGGUCAAAAGAGGUGGAGAUGAUUUCGACAAGAACUCUCCCGGCUUUCCUCUCGAAAAGACCAGAUUAAAGGGCGUCUACACACUUCAUGCCAUCACUGUUUUGGGGAUCAUAGGAUAUGGUCUAGCGUUGAAGUUCAGGGCAGUAAGUGUCUGUUCGUUUGUUGUCUGCAUUCUUCUGAGAACUGACAAUUUCCUUAUAGCACCUUGCCGUGACGCUUCUUAUGCAACUCUUAACCGGCACCUCAACCGCCGCAACCUUUGUGAUCUGCCACCGCCCAGGCAGCCAGUAAUCUGGUCAGAUGUCUCAGUGCGGGCGGUGCUGUGGCUGUCUUGCAGCCGAUGGUUGAACAUGUCGGGCCGGCGGCAUGUUUUGGCAUCUACGCUGGCAUUGUGUUUCUGUGUUUCCCGCUCGCUUGGAUCGUGCAGAGGUUUGGAGUCGCGUGGAGGGUGGCUAAUUCCGACAAGCAAGAGUAAGUAG